AUGUAUGAUGUCGACUACUCUAUGGCUGAUGAUUUCAAAUGGGGAAAGGAUUUAGGAUGUGAUUUUUUAAUGAAAAGCUGUUAUGAAUACAUAAAGAUACAAAAAUCAAGAAAAAAGGAUAUCCAACCUUUCUGUGACACUCCAAAUGUAAAACGUUGCACAAAUUAUGAAAAUGCAUAUGGAUUUUGUUCGCUGUACAAAUACAAUCAAAAUCUACCUCAUGAAUACCAGUACAUGGAUGAUAUGUUUAACGUCUCUUCAAACCAGAGGGAGUUCUACGGAGGAUGGGAUCUGAUGGAUUAUUGUCCAUACCUUCAGACUUCUAUAACAGAGUUUGUCAAUCAAUACACAGUCGAUUUGUUAGAAGAACCAGCAUUUUACAAAACGCUUGCCAAAAUGCAAGAGAAAUUAAAAGACCUGCAGAAGAUUGGAUGA